AUGGCCUUCAGAUAUAAGAUUUCAGUCGAUCCUACUAGAGAAUCAGUUAACCAUAAAAUCUAUAAAGGAAUGAUUGGUUCAUUUAUGUACCUCACCGCAAGUCGACAGGAUAUUGUCUUUGCAUCAGGCUUAUAUGCUCAGUAUCAAGCUGACCCUAAAGUAUCUCACUUGAUCACAAUUAAGCAAAUUCUUAGAUAUCUAAAGGGAAGUAAAGCGUUAGGCCUCUGGUACCCUGCGGGAAAUGAUUUCAGCCUUCAAGCGUUCACAGAUGCGGAUCAUGCAGGAUGCAAAUUAGAUCGAAAAAGUACUUUAGGUGGAUGCCAAUUCUUAGGAGGAAGACUAGUCAACUGGUCUUCAAGAAAGCAAAAUUGUGUUUCAUUGUCUACCACAGAGGCGGAAUAUGUGGUUGUAGCCAACUGA